AUGGCAAUUUGGAGAUUAAGUGUAAUUUUCCUAUCUCUGUUCACGGUGUGGUCGUCUGCCAAUCCUCAGUGUGACACACAUGUGGACUGUAAAACCUGUGUUAACAACAAAAGUUGGAUUGGCAAGAAUUGCCGCUGGUGUCCAUUGGAUCGCAACUGUCAUGCUGAUGGCUCUCCGCUGAAUCCUUGCUUACAGAACCAAAACGUUAAAGAUGCAGCCAAAUGUCAGGAAAUGAAAUAUGGGAAGUAUGAUCCAAAAGCCGCAUUUUCGUACACACUUAUGUCGGCUGCCGCAUACACGAAUGACCCGCAGAAAUGCCUUAGGAAGAUAUACCCUACAGGAGAUUUCGUUAUAAAGAACAUCAUAAGACACAGUUGCGAAGAUUUGCCCCUGUUCAAGUAUGAAGAGUGUUUUGCAUAUACUGCUGUGUCUAAUAAAAAGAGAAUCAUAGCUGUGGCAUUCCGGGGAACAGUUAUUAAUAGUUUGCAAAUUUACGAUCAAAUUAUAUCGAUAUUAACAACACCAAAAACGUCUUUCCCGACUGGUGGGAACGUUCAGCGCUACUUCGCUAAUGCUUAUCAAAAGUUGUAUCAAGGGGUAAAUGCAAGUGUUACUUCCCUUGUAAGACAGUAUCCAGCGUAUGAUGUUGUGGUCACAGGUCACUCGCUAGGUGGAGCCAUCGCCUCUCUUGCAGCGGUUUCUCUUGUGUAUCAGAAACUAGUUCCUGUAAACAGGAUGUAUCUUUACACGUAUGGAUUACCCAGAGUUGGUGAUAAACAGUACGCCCUAAACCACGAUCGACUUUUAAACAACAGUUGGAGAGUGGUCCAUAACAGAGAUAUCGUUAGUCACUUGCCAACCUGUAAUAUAUUCACAGGCUGCUUUUUCCCAUCAAAUGGUCCUUAUCACCAUCGCACUGAGGUCUUCUAUCCCGAUCAGACAAUGAACCAGGGCUCACAAUACAUUCAAUGCAAGGGAGAUGAUGAUGAAAAGUGCAGCGACGGAAUGAUCACGAGAAAACCGUGCAUAAUAGAUUUAUCAAAGUGUAUCAAGUAUCAUGAAUAUUAUUUUGGUAUACGUGUGGGAACUCUUUGUGAUGGUUCUUAA